GUUCUGUUUGGAGCCUGCGAUGGGUACUUCCCCCUGAGCCGCCGUUUCUGUUUUGCUUCUCGCCCUGCUGCCCGCCCUUCGCUCUCGGGCGCCUUCCGCGGCUGACAGCCAUGGCUUCUGCUGCCGACGGGCAAGUGCCCGUGUGGCUGAAGGCGGAGGACCUGCAGUGCUCCAUCUGCCUCGGUCUGCUCAGCCACCCGGCCACGACGCAGUGUGGCCACAGCUUCUGCCUGGACUGCAUCCGGAAAUGGCUGAAGGGCCAGCACGGAAACCGCAACUGCCCCAAUUGCCAGCGCGGCUUGGACGACAAGUUGCCCGAACGCAACGUCUUGCUGGAGCUGGUCCUGGAACGAUAUAAAUGCGCAGCCUCCAGAGACCCGCUUCCCACGCGGGCCUCGGGGCGGCUGGCACAGCCGGGCUUCCCGGAUGGGGCGGGUUGCAAGCGGGACUUGGCCACCACCAGGCACGGUUUUCAGGACAUAGUCAAAAUAAGUGAAAUCCCAAAACAAGUGCAGAUGGUCUUGGAGGCAAUCGUAACCUGGAGGAAGGACAGCAUUGCAAUGAAGGAUUAUAUGUCUCAAACCAGAAGCUCUAUUUCAGAAGCUUUCGGUUUUAUGAAGAAGUGCAUUUGUGAUCAAGAAGAAAUGGUGCUAGGGAUUAUUGAGGAAGAAUUUAUAGUGGCUCAGCAAAUAACAGACUCAACUGAUAAGCAGCUUACUGGAAGAAUUCACAAUCUUUUGGAUUUGCAGAAUAACUCUGAAGAAGUGAUGAAGAAUACCUCAUCAGAACAAGAAGCUUACAUUGGUGAUCCCAUCCAAAUGAAUGAACCUACUUUUCUCAUUCAGAAGAUCAGCAGUGUUGCCAGUGUUGUUGAAGAGUUAAGGAGACAGCUGGAAGCAUCUGUUUUGAGGAAUUACCCAGUGCAGCCAUCACAGAAGCCUUCUCCAGGAACAAGCAACAGCAGUGAAAUUGCAGCUGAUGUGGCAGAAGAAAUUUUCUUUUCCAAUAAUUCCUUGUUAUCCCAAGAUUCAGUUCAGGAAGCAAGCAGCUCUUCAUCAGCAGUGCCAUCUACUAGGGACAGAGAAUUGCUGAUUUCAAAUAGGUUUUCUCAGUGGAUAUCCGACAUUACAUUUGAUGAUGAAAGACUUGGUUGCAUGCUUCAGCUCACAAGCAAUAAAAGGAAAGUGACAGUGUCUCGUGUUCGCAAUGAAUAUGAACGUUCCCAUAAGAGAUUCUGCAACAGUCAGGUGCUGGGUUCCCAAAGUUUCUCUGAAGGCUGCCAUUACUGGGAAGUAAAUACCAAGGAAUCUUCUGGAUGGGCCAUUGGUGUUGCCAGUGGGGAAAUUGGCAGAAAAGACCAACUAGGGAGAAAUGAACUAUCCUGGUGCAUAGAAUGGAAAGCCCAAUGUAUCUCAGCAUGGCACAACAAUCAAGAAACAAGAAUUAAUGAAGAGAAACCUUUGCGGGUUGGAGUUUUCCUUGACUUUCCAACAAAAAGUUUGUCUUUUUAUUCUCUUACUGAUAAAGAAACAUGCUUACACAAGUUUCAAAUCAAUACAACAAAUCCAGUUUACCCUGCUUUUUGGAUUUAUGGUUUAACUGCUGGUGAGUUUUUAACUAUAAAUGAUAUCAAUAGGCAUUAAGUUCAUACUACAAAUGUAUAUUGUCUUAAUAAGCAUUUGCCCUCUAAAGAAUCUUUGAGAUUCUGAUGUUUUGCUGUUUGACAUAUGAAGUGCCUCAUCCUUUCCUGCUCCCUGAGUGGGAAUGAGUCUUACAUGAGUUUAGCAUGUUGGAAGUUUGCACUGUCAGGUUAGAAGAUGGACAGUUUCUAAAGGAGCUUCAAGUUUGGGAUGCAUACAUAUUUAUUGUCAUCUAUCAUUAUAAUCCCUGUGCAGCCUGUUAAUACUUUCAAAUGAUUUUGUCUUUGCGGGAGCAUCAUGGCUGACAGUGGGGUUUAGUGAAACUCUUAGCUAAACAGUUUUCUACUGAAAAUGGGCAGAAAAAUCAGGCAGUUUGAUGUCACCUAAAUUUUAUAGCCUAAUAUGUAUGCAAUAUGACUUUUAUGUUCUAGAGUUUCAUAUUUUAUAAUCUUACAUUCCCAGUAAUUUAUGAAGUGUCACCAGCUUUCUCAGAUUACUUUCAGGGCUGUAUUCAGUACACUUUCCUGUCCUUCUGUAAGAACAAUAAGUAUUGUUGUAGAGGACCAGCAGGUAAUCCAAUAAUUAAAGUUCUCCAGCUAUCAGCUCUAGUUUUUAAUAACUACAUAGUAAUUGAGAAUCCACAUAACAUAAUUGUGAAGGUAUUAAAAAGGUAGGGAGAGACUAAGGAGACCCCAAUUCUCCUAUAAUCAGGAAGUUCAGAGAGUAAUUUUUUGCCCAUUCCUUUCACUCAAUCCAGGUACCUUGCAGGAUUGAGAGGGGACUUCCAUGUGUGCCACCAGAUGAAAAUCAGAAUAGAAGCAUUAUUAUAAAAUUGAAUGUGGUGGGAUAGUGAGCAGAUAUAGCCCUGUAUAUUUGCAAGUGAAUAUGCUUCAGAGCCAAUUAAUUAUUUCAGAAGGUACUAUAUGCAGAGAAUAUCAUCUUUAUUACAGUCGCAGACCAGAAUUAACUAUAUGCAGAGUCAUUAAAGUACUUACAAAAUAAACAGACCCAUAACUUGAUAACAGGUGACAAAAGGAAAAAUUAGAAGAAUAAAAAUAACAAAUUUCUGGAAAAACCCUCAUAUGCAAUACUUUGUUCAGCCUUGUAACUUCUAUAUCCAGAAAUGCAGUAAAAUAUUUUAGAGGAAUAGAGAUGGAUGUGAAUAAAUAAAAUGGUACUAUAUCCCUUUUUGUUUUAUUUAAUUUCAUCCUGCUUUUUCUAUCAUAGGAUACUUCCAAGUAGCCAGCUUACAAACCCAGUUGUAAAACAAACAUAUUUUUGCUUGAUCACUAAAACCGCUUUAUUUAUAGUUAAUUGAUGAAUUUGUAUACAUUCUAAAAAAUAUAUGUUUCAAAACCACUUUCAGACAAUAAAACCUGGGUUCUGUAC